CUUUCAGAUUUCCCUGAAGAUAUAGCUGACAUGGCAUUGUUCAUGACAGACUGGAAUGCUCUUGACUCAGAUAAUUCAGACUCUCAAACUUACUACAGGAAAAUUGAGCUUUAUAAUAUGGCUUGGGGACCAUCCACUGAUGUUGGAACGAGCAUACUUGCUGCUGCUCAAUAUGGUGGACCAGUAGCAGUUGCAAAAGUCUCAUCACUACCUUCCAAUAAGCCUGUCAUAUUCAUUUAUACUGCUUCAGGGAAGGAAUUGGGUAUCAUCAAGUGUGAGAAAGUGUCAUGCACUGAUGUGUUUUCUCUUCUUGCUCCCCUCUCCUCCCCAUUUCAUCAGUGGUCCAGUGGGAAAUUACUCUCAAUGGGCUGGUCCAACUGUGAGGAGCUCCUUUGCAUUCAGGAUGAUGGGCAUGUUCUCCUUCAUGACCUUUUUGGCAACUACCUCUCCACCUUCUCCAUGGGGAACAUGUCUGAUCGACCUCGACUAACACCAUUAAAGCUCAGCCGCGCCAUCUCCAAAGACAUUGAGGAAAUCAGCGAGAUCAUCAGCUCUUGCAAUCUUGCAGACUGUGAUCUGACUAAGCUAAACCACCAUGCCUUUGCAGCUGCCAUUACCAUCCACCAGAAAUGGCAACGACCAGAAAAGACAAGCCCUAUACCUGAGAAGUGCCCUUCCUCAAUUCCACCUUGGAAGAGGCGUCUCCCCAAUUGGAUCGGCACAGCAAGGCGAGACCUCUGCACCUUGCAAGAGAUCAAGAAGGGAAACACAACCUGGAAAGUUAAGUUGACCUACAAAAAAUGUGAAGAUGAAGAUCCAAGCCUGGGCCCUGAGGAUAAGGCAGUAUGUGAGAAGGGCAAUUACUUCCAGCAUAACGAGCAUUUUACAAACAACCAGAAGCUAUUCUACCGGGAACUGAGAGCAAAACCCAUAGAAGUGAAGAAGAUUCCUGACAAGGCGGAAUUGGAAGAAUUCUGGUCGAACAUCAUGGAGUGCUCAGUGAGCCACAAUGUCAAUGCCACAUGGCUCCAACGUCAGAGGGAGUUAACAGAUAUUCCUGAUAUGAGUGACCCCCAGAAUACAACAUCUGAUCUGAAGAAGGGGCUCAUACAAACAGCGAACUGGAAGAGCCCC